CCGAUUUAACACAUUCAAAUUAUAUAUGUAUAGAUCCCUCCCCCUUUAAGAUAACGACAGAACCCAAAAGCUGUCAGUACCGUGUCUUCUGCAACCAAGUUUCAGCCAUGAGCAUGCUCAGGCUUCAGAAGAGGUUGGCAUCCAGCGUUUUGGGCUGUGGCAAGAAGAAGGUAUGGCUGGACCCAAAUGAGACCAAUGAGAUCGCAAACGCCAACUCUCGGCAGCAGAUUCGAAAGCUGGUGAAGGACGGUCUGAUCAUCAAGAAGCCAGUGACGGUUCACUCUCGUGCACGAUGCCGCAAGAAUACACUGGCACGCCGGAAGGGUCGUCACAUGGGCGUUGGUAAGAGAAAGGGUACAGCAAAUGCACGUAUGCCAGAAAAGCUGUGCUGGAUGAGACGCAUGCGUAUUCUGCGACGGCUUCUGAGACGUUACAGAGAAUCCAAGAAGAUCGACAGGCAUAUGUACCACAGUUUAUAUUUGAGGGCAAAGGGCAAUGUGUUCAAGAACAAACGUAUCUUGAUGGAGCACAUUCACAAACUCAAAGCAGACAAGGCCCGCAAGAAGCUUUUGUCUGAUCAAGCAGAGGCCCGUCGCUCAAAGACCCGGGAGGCAAGAAAGCGCCGUGAGGAAAGGCAGCAGGCAAAGAAAGAGGAAAUUAUUAAAACUCUUUCCAAAGAUGAAGAAUCCAAGAAAUAAGAUUUUCUUUUUGUGAGACAGUGAUAAAUGAUUGUAUAAUGUUUAAAAAAUAAAUAUACAAUUUAUUACAGGUUUCCAGAGUCAAUGCAGUGUUGUUUUAUAACCAAGUCAUUUCUUAUAACAAGAAAACUAAUUCUGAAUUCCUCAUAAUUCAGGUAUUCAAUCAGUUUAAGAAUGGUGGACCAUCAACAACAGUCUGAAACUUGAACGUUUACAUAAAUGGUUCUCAAACUGUUUUUAAGACACAACUCUUUUAUGAAACACAUUAAUUUAUCAUCAGAAAGGGAAUUACCACUGGUUUACAACAAAAGGACUUUAAAAACAAAUAAAACAGUUCAUCAAUGUAAAUAAGUGCUCUUGUUCUGAAAUGAAAAGCAUUAAAUAUAAAAUGCAUGUUAUGUGAUAUUGUUCAUGUUGUUGUAAUGCAGUUUACAGUGUCUGCUUUCUCUUGCAGUGGGUUGUAGGGCACCUGUCUUACUCUUUGAGAUGCUGCUCUUAUCC